GCCCAGGCUGGGCUUCCCAAGCGGCACCGCGUGGCGCGAAGGGUCUGGGGCCCCGCGGCGCCGCUCAGCUCGCCCCUCCUCUGCAACUUUCCCGGUCCGCCGCACUCCGCCUGGUGGGAGUCAGCUGGGCAGGGGCCCGGGAAGGCGACGCUAGGAGCCGCGGCGCCCUCGCUGCCUGCGCUAGCCCGCGGGCUUCGCCGGGGCAAGGAGGACGCGGCCCUACCACAUCCCACGCGGCCCGGCCCGGUUGCCCCGCGGCGGCGGCGGCGGCGCGCGAGCCGCGUCCGACCCGGGUGACUGCGGGGACCCCGGGAUCCAAUGAUAGCUGGACAAGUCAGUAAGCCCUUGCUGUCAGUGCGGAGUGAAAUGAAUGCGGAGUUGAGAGGUGAGGACAAGGCUGCUACUUCAGACAGCGAGCUGAAUGAGCCCCUGCUUGCGCCUGCGGAAUCAAAUGACAGCGCGGACACUCCCAGCAAGCUCUUCGGGGCCAGAGGAAACCCGGCACUCUCAGACCCAGGCACUCCUGACCAACACCAGGCCAGUCAGACCCACCCCCCAUUCCCGGUCGGGCCACAGCCACUUCUGACGGCCCAGCAGUUAGCAUCCACUGUUGCAGGCGUGAUGCCAGGAGGCACACCAGCCCUCAACCAGCCUAUCCUCAUCCCCUUCAACAUGGCUGGACAGCUAGGAGGGCAGCAGGGACUGGUCCUCACACUGCCUACCGCGAAUCUCACCAACAUCCAAGGGCUGGUAGCAGCAGCUGCAGCCGGAGGCAUUAUGACCCUGCCAUUGCAAAACCUACAAGCUACCUCAUCCCUGAGCUCCCAGCUCCAGCAGCUCCAGCAGCUCCAGCAGCUCCAGCCGCCGCCGAGCAGCCAGCACCCGCUGCCCGCCCCGCAGGCGCCCCCGCCGGGCCCGCCCGGCCCACAGCCCGCGCCGUCCCAGCAGCCGCCCGCCCCCGCGCCGCAGCCCCCGCAGCCUCCGGGCCAGCCCCACCCCCAGGGCCGGAGCCAGCCGUCUCCGACGCAGCCGAGCGCCAGCCCCCCUCAGAAACCCAGUCCGCCACCGGGACACGGCCUCCCGUCGCCGCUCACGCCGCCCGCUCCUCUGCAGCUGGUUAAUAAUCCACUAGCAAGUCAGGCUGCAGCGGCUGCAGCAGCCAUGGGCUCCAUAGCCAGCUCACAGGCCUUUGGCAAUGCCCUCUCCAGUCUUCAGGGGGUCACGGGCCAACUAGUUACUAAUGCACAAGGACAGAUUAUUGGGACCAUCCCUCUGAUGCCAAAUCCGGGACCAUCAAGCCAGGCAACAGGCGGCACUCAGGGCCUUCAAGUGCAGCCAAUCACUCCCCAGCUCCUGACAAAUGCUCAGGGCCAGAUCAUCGCCACAGUCAUUGGGAACCAGAUCCUGCCAGUGAUCAACACCCAGGGCAUCACGCUGUCACCCAUUAAACCCGGCCAGCAGCUCCACCAGCCCUCCCAGACGUCAGUGGGUCAAGCAGCCUCCCAAAGCAACCUUCUACACUUGGCCCACAGCCAAGCAUCCAUGUCUCAGAGCCCCAUCCGGCAGGCUUCCUCUUCCUCCUCCUCAUCCUCCUCUUCUUCAGCUUUGAGCGUGGGCCAGUUAGUCAGCAAUCCUCAAACGGCAGCGGGUGAGGUGGAUGGGGUAAAUCUGGAGGAGAUCCGAGAAUUUGCCAAAGCUUUUAAAAUCCGGCGCCUGUCCCUUGGCCUGACGCAGACUCAGGUGGGACAGGCCCUCAGUGCUACAGAGGGCCCCGCGUACAGCCAGUCUGCCAUCUGCAGACACACCAUCCUGAGAAGCCACUUUUUCCUACCACAGGAAGCCCAAGAGAACACUCUAGCUAGCAGUCUGACAGCCAAACUGAACCCUGGCCUUUUGUAUCCUGCCAGGUUUGAAAAGCUGGACAUCACUCCUAAAAGUGCCCAGAAGAUCAAGCCGGUGCUUGAGCGGUGGAUGGCUGAGGCUGAGGCCCGCCAUCGAGCCGGUAUGCAGAACCUGACCGAGUUUAUUGGGAGUGAACCGUCCAAAAAGCGCAAGAGGCGCACCUCCUUCACACCCCAGGCCCUUGAGAUCCUCAAUGCCCACUUUGAGAAGAACACACAUCCCUCUGGGCAGGAAAUGACCGAAAUUGCUGAGAAGCUGAACUAUGACCGGGAAGUAGUUAGAGUUUGGUUCUGCAAUAAGAGGCAAGCCCUGAAGAACACAAUUAAACGCUUAAAACAGCACGAGCCCGCCUCGUCAGUCCCUCUGGAGCCCUUAACAGACUCUCUGGAAGAAAACUCCUAAAGAGACGCCCUUCCUGGGUCAGGAGCAAAACCCACAGAAACCUAACUCCGCCCUUGGGACUCCGUGAAAAAGAAGAAGAAAUUAAAAAUCAAAUUUAAAAACCACCCCGACCAUCACGUUUGUAAGUAAAAGACUAAACAAACUACCAAGUGGACAGAAUGGUUUAUACAUAUCCGGUGGUUUUCCAAAAAGAAAACAAAAAAAUUUUUUGAACAUUUUUAAACAAGGAAUACACUACACCUUGGGGGUGUGGUAGGCUAGUUCCCUCCCCGACCUGUCUCCCCAAAGCCAGUUUUUUAAUGGACUUAAAGCAAACCAAAAAACCACGUACUUUUUCUGUAUAGGAUGAAAAUCUGAACACAUUUUAAGGAAAAAGAAAAAAACAACUAAACCAAAAAAACAAACAAAAAAACAACAAACAGAAACUGAUCUGUUCAAAGUGAAUACAAGCCUGCCACCUGGAGGAGAGACUGCAUUCUUUCAGGUUCUAAGUGCUGAUUCACUAUGAAACCUAUUAACCAAAGUCAGAAACGUGGCAUUGCAAACGCAAUGGUUAGUCUACUCUUCUCUGCGUGUCAAGUUGUGUUACGAAUUUUUACAUUUGUCCCUAGUGGAAAAGUCGAUAGCCUGAUUUCUCCCAUCUUUCCCAUCUGCUGUCACCGCCUAUGAGGUGGGUGCCAUUGUUGAAGCCAUUCUGUGAGUCUCACUAUUGAUUUUUAUUUGGGACGGGGUUUUUUUCUUCUUUUGCUUUGUGUUGGGGUGGGGAACAUCAUGGAUCUUGUGCCAAAGCAUUCAUUGCUUUCUUCUCACUAUGACUUGUGGGUUUGAGAAAAGAAAAAACAGAGCUUGCAUUUCUCAUUUUAACUCCAUUUCCCCAUCUCUCGAGAGAGAGCCUCCAAAAUAACUAGGGCUUUGCUCGAUGAACCGUCAACACUGGCAUAAGCUGUAAUUAUCCUCACUGUCCACACCAGAGCUUGGGAUUCUGCUCAGUUUGUUGGCCACGUACAUGGAGAGCUGACCAAAACUAAUUUUGUAAUAUAAACAUAAGCUGCACAUUUGGUUCAACACUUUCAUCUCUGUUAUGCUUCUGUGCAAAGCAGUUUCUCUCAGAAGUCUGAUAGCCAAAGACACGUCUCAAGAUUUCGGUCAAAAUACACACGUAGCAUGCACGCACCCACAUAUACACACAAAGGAAACAGGCCAGAAAGACAGGGAUGGUGACUGGUUCAUUAAAGACCAUCAUACAUCCUGUGACUCCCACCUGUUCUGCUACUAUUUGCACUCCAGUAGCAAUGGCAGACCUUUUUCAGGCGGGAGAACUUGUUUGGGGGAUAUAUAAAUGGAGCAGACAAUUGGAAGACAGAUUUAAACAAUUGGAAUUGGGGGCUACAGGAAGUUUUAGCAACGAAGUGCCUCCACUAAAAAGGAACAACAUACAAGUGGCUUAUCUGACAUCAGAAUAGCCUGCACUCUCAGAACUAGAGGAUGCAACUAUUUCUGCAUAGUGAAUCAAUAACCAUGCUCUCAUACUAUCUCAUAGUAUGCUUUCACUAUAAAUUGUGAAAGAAAAAAGCACCUCAAGUUGCCCCACUGAGUAGAAAUGCCAUCUUCUUCCCCUAACACACUGCCACCCCUGUGGGGUUUGAGUUCUCUGCUGACCCCCUUGCUGGCUGUGUCAGUGCAGUGGGAGAGAUGUCCCCACCCUACCCCCCCCCCCCCACAGAUGAUUCAUGCAGCAAUCAGGAGACCACUAGCAAGGAGGCUCUACAGGAAGUCCUGGAAGUGUAACCACUGGCUUGUAAAAGCGUUUCCAUUUCACCAUUCGGAUGCUAAGUGGACCGCAGCUAACUUGAUCGUCAACGCCAGCGACAUCACAGCACCCAUUUCACCACCUCAAAACUGCGCAAACACCAACAACCCAGAAAUCCAAAAAGUGUAUUGAUUAAACAGAUUUUGUAUUCUCCCAAGACCUGCUCCAAAUUCCAUCAAGAAAACUCCCCAAGAAGAGAAGUGAACAGGAUAACAGAUGAUGGAUGCUAAAUGUUUAAACAUAUGUCAGCAGAAGUUACAUGAGGCCUGCUCAGUUUGGAGAUCUAUAAUUGGGAGGGUAUAACUAGGGCAGGGAAAAUAUAAACUAAAAGUAAUCUUCUGGAGUGAAAUAAAAAAGAAAUAUAUUCACCCCACAGUCAUAAAACCAUUCAUGUGCAGUGCUUUUUUUUAUAGUUUUAUAAUUUUGUAUUGUUUUAUAAAUUAUUUAUAAGGUAUUGUAAUGCUUCUUAUAUUAAUUUUUUACAGAUAAAUUUUUUGCUACAAGGCAUAAAAGGUGCCUGAAAAAACUCUUAGGAAUAUAAAUUAUACUGUAUAACUCGUAAGUCUUUGGGACCUCACCUAUUGCUUAAUUUUAUUAUGACAUUUCUUAUUUCCUCUUGUAAACAAGUUCAUGUGCCAGUAGCAUUUAAGUGUCUCUUAUGUUUCCAUGAACUGAAGGUUAAUGUUGGCAUGAACAAAGAAUAAAAACCACUUCGGAUGUAUGUGAUUGUAUUUUAAGCUUCAAUAUUCUUCUUAUUUUUAAAUUAUCAUCAUCUUAAUUGGUUGAUGAAAAAUCUUCACAGUUCUUAAUUGAUGAAAAAAGAAAAUGACUGAUGUUAUAUUUUACACUUGUUUGUGGGGUUCUUUUUCUUUUCCAACGAAAAAACAUUUUGAACAGUGAAGAGUUUCAAUUGCAUUGCAAGGUUUUGCUUUCUUUAUGUUGUAAUCACAUAAUGCGCACGUGCACGCGCGCGCACACACACACACA